AUUCGCCCUCUGACCUCGAAACUCUCUCAGAGCUCUCUUUCUGGUCUUCUCCAGCUGUUUCGCGGUACCAAAACGUACCCCCCUGCUACCAGCUUACCACGCCGCGAGGAUCAUCCCCGUUCCACCGAUUGCCCGGCAAUAGCCGUCACUUGUGACGAGAUCCGCGACUUGUGAAGAAGAGGAAGAGAAGAGAUUUAAGGCGGGCCCCUGAAGACAGACGGGACCAGUGUUACCGUGGUUAUACAGCGAGAGACAACAGAGCGGAAGGUUUUUUCAACAGCAAGAUGACGAUCACGUUUGUGCAGCGAUCUUUAAUUCUCUUCGCCGUACUUUUAUGCUACUAUCAGUCCUGGGUCUGCGCGGUAAACUGCGAACUAGAACCCUAUAACCCGGCGUGCCGAGGUUCACAGGCGAAGAGGCGACAGCUGAUGCCCUUGCCUGUCAUGCGCGCUCUUAACUGCGAGGAAGGAGACUGCAGGAUCCCCAGGAUGAAGUUUUUGAUCGCGAUUCUCGACGACACUCCCUACAGGGACAAUGAGAUUCAUUCCAACUCCGAAUCCAACCAUCCACGCAAGAGCAGGCUGCGGGAGGAGACGAAGGAUAUGUACAUGGAUGACUAUUGAUUCGGCGAUCACUAAAUUAUGUCGACGCGAUACGCAGAGAUGACUGACCGAUCGACAACUUUUCAGACAUAUUACUCGUCCGUUCGAUUACCUUUUAUUAUAUUAUAUUAUAUUACAUCCGGCUUGAUUCCACCCGUGUUUUCCCUGAUAUUAUCAUCUCUUUCUCUUUUUUCUCGUUUUCCCGCAAUUCUGACAGCGAAGUACGUGCGUGUACGCAUAUAUUGUUAGCACUCUGACUUUUCGAUAAUAAACAUUUGAAUCGCACAACAGAUCGAAGAGGCCAAUUUUACCGUCUCGAAGAAUCUUGUAGAAAAGUAAUUAUAACAUCCGCACGUGAAAUAAUUACGAUUUUCUUCGCGUUAACUUCUUUCAAGCACCUCGUUGUAUUCUUAAAUGUGAAAUGUAGAAGAAAGCUUUAAAGUAGUAUCGGACGUUUUAAUUUGAUUUCACGGAAACUAAUUAAGCGGGGAGUUCAUAUCAGUUGCUACUUAAUUCUUGCUGUUUUACACGCGGUGUAUUAAUAUUUAAAUUUAAAUUUAGCUCGUUCCCAGUGUACAUCUAUCAAAAUAAUUUGGAGACUGAACGAGAUUAAAUUACGAGCGUUAAUAAAUUAAACUAUCCUUUCCCGAUUGUUAUUCUGCGAACAUUUAAUUCUCACGCUGGAAGGAUCGAAGUCUGUAGUUAAUUGUCCCUAUAAACUUGUGCGCGAGGUGUGCAUAUAAUGAAGAUAUUAUAAUUCGUGAUCGGCCACAAUCGAGUUUUAUUGUAUAUAAAGAGAUGUAAAACGAUAAUUAUAUAUGUUGUUCCAAAUUGUGUUUCAAUUAACAUUUCAAAAUAAAGUAUAUGUACAUACUUGAUAAAAAAAGAAAAGAAGAAGGCUUGUUACGUAUCAUGCGUAUAUAUAUAUUUUCAGUGCGGCAGCUAAACGUGUAUUAAUAAUUGCAUCGCACAACAACUAAUAAACUUCGAUCACGUCAUCGAUAUAUUUAUUGCUGUGCAAA